AUGGAAAAAUCCACCGCCGACGAUGAUGACGUUGAAGAGCAACGACCAGACAGCGGCGCUAGCUCGGUGCGCGCGUCUAGGUGCCAGCAAUGUCGCUCGGCGACAAUCAAGUUUAUCGCUUAUCUGUUUUCGAACGUCGGCCUCGUGGGCCUUGUCGUGGGCUAUUGCGUUAUUGGUGCUUUCAUGUUCUCAGCGCUGGAGCUCGACAACGAGCUAGAGCGCAAGAAGGCCAUGUCGCACACGCGGCGAAUCUACUCGUCGGCCAUUGUCCAGCGGCUGCGCCUGUCCGGCCGGCACUCAAAUGACUGGGUGGACAUCGUCAGUUUCUUCCUGGAGGGCUUCGAGCAGAAUCUGACGCAAUAUAUGACCAGCGACGGCUUCGACGGUAGUGAAACGCGGGCGCAGCCGCAGUGGGAGUUCAUCGGUUCGCUGCUAUACUGUGUCACACUUGUCACGACGAUAGGUUACGGUAACAUCGCACCGAAGACGCCCGAAGGUCGCAUCGUGACGAUCUUCUACGCCGCGUUUGGCAUCCCUCUCACCCUGCUGUGCCUCGCCAACCUCGGCGACUACAUGGCCGUAGGCUUUAAAAUGUUCUAUAACAGGGUAAUCUGUUAUACGUGUCGAGAGCGGCAGGCGGCAGCGGCACCUCGAAGAAAAUCGACCAGACGAACGAAGCCGCCGAUGAAGAGCAGUAUUAAGUCCAUAUCGCUCGCUUUCGACCCAAAUGAUAAGAGCGGGCGACAUUAUGGCAACGCGUACAGCAUAGACAAACUGGGCAACUGCGAGCUUCCGCUGCCUGACUACACGCACCGAUACGGAGAUCUCCCAGCCACUAGCAACGUGAUAAUGGUAACCAAACCUGACGGCUACGCUGCCGUUGGCGAUGGCAAAAAAGAACAAAAGCAGACGCGCACAGAAGAGCUGCGGAACACCGUCAGGGUACAAACACGAAAUGCUCAAGAGGACAACGACGGCACACGAGACGGCGGCAAGCCCUCUGAGAAGGAAGGAAAUGAGAUGGAGGAAGAGGCAGUGGUUGCAGAGGCUGCAAAGCCAAAAGAUGGGAAGCGGUGGCCAUUUUGGAGGUACACGCUGCGAGACAAGAUGCCGCAAAACAAACAUACGACGACGGCCGCCGCUGACACCGAACAAGGCACAACAAACACGGCCGAUGGUGGCGCCGACAGCGGCGACGGGAAUGCGGAGACGCUGCUGUCGCUAGAGAGCCGGUGCUUGUUCGCCGACUGCAGCGACAGCGAGGACGACCGCUCGCAGGAUUGCAACAUUACUAAGGAGACGGUCGUCGAGUACGAUCUGCUGUCGACGCCGACGCUGACGAAGAAGACGGCCUAUGUCGGCGAUAGGAAGGCGUUGGAGAGAAGCAGGAAGGAGGAGGGUAAAGGCGAGUCGACAUCGCAACACAGCAUCACCAGUAGGAGCAGCGAACGCGGGUCUGUGAUGUUUAAGGACGAACGUGGCGGUGACCGGGAAGGUCUCGCGCAGUACAGAAGCGUGCGAGUCGACGAACGCGAAGUGCAGCAGCCAAAAUCCGAAGCCGACCUGCUCAGCGGACGCUAUCCGCAGUAUCCCCGGAUCGCUAAUCAAGAGCAGGUAGGCGCCAAGUCGUCGCCGACGCGAGUGAGAGCAGCCACCUUCCAGCGCCACCAGACGAUGCCCAGCCGCAGAAAGCCGCGGCUCGUGCGAGCGCCAUCGAAGACCCUGUCGCUGUCUCCGGGCAGCCGCAGCCCUCGGACGGACGACACGAGCGUACAAAGUGUCAGCGUCGACGUCGCGCAAAAACCACCUGACGUCAAGGAUAACGAAGUUCCCAUCUCUGUCUCGAUCAUCCUGCUCGGCGGAUACGUCUUCGGCGGCGCGUGGCUAUUCAACUACAUGGAGGGUUGGAACGACCUGACGAAGGGGGCCUACUUCACUUUCAUUACGCUCAGCACGAUCGGCCUCGGGGACAUCGUUCCGGGCUCAACGUUUCUUAGCGGCGACUUUGGCCAGGUGCGAUAUAUCUCAAUAACGUUUUACGUGGUGUUCGGACUGGCGCUCAUCUCUAUGUGCUUUAACCUGAUGCAGGCGGGCGUGAUCAACAAGGUCCGCCGCCUGGCGAAAAAAAUUGGUGUUAUUAGCGACGAUGACUAGGCUAUAAUUAAACGGCGUAGCGCAUGCGCGGUUGCACACGCAAGUUUAAUUGAUAUUUUCCCGAUAUAUAUAUAUAUAUAUAUAUAUAUAUAUAUAUAUAUAUAUAUAUUUGGCAUUGUAACUUAUAUUAUAAGUGACAAUACCAAAUACGACCAUAGAAACGUUUUGUUUGAGGUGUCUAAUUAUCUAAAAUUAGGUGCAUAAAUAAUCCGUAUAGCAUGACAGGAGCUCUUAUGUCGAAAUGUGUUAUACCUGAACUAGAGGGUCGCAUGUCACGUAGCACAACAUGGCGGCGCGAUGUAUCUAGUAAAUGAUUAAACUGGGUGUUUCUGACGUGCCAUUUGCGGCAUCUAGGUAUCUAAAGAAGCCAUCAUGACUGCAGUAUAUAUAUGAGCAAAUAUGCAUUGGGAUAUUGAAACCAGGAUUCCGAAUCCAUUUCACUGCAUAGGCUUUGCGGUCUUUCAAUAUAAAUAACAUAAUUUGUGCCCCAGGGAUUAUUAUAAUAAGCCCAUAUGUGGUAGUUCUAUAGUCUGACCAGUAUGACUUUCUUGUGUAAUUUUCUAUGACUGUUACGAUUUUUCAAAUAUAUUGUACACAACAUAUGAAUGCAUACCUUCUAAUUAUGAUGCUCAUAAUAUCAAUUUUAUUCGUACUCGUGAACUAGUGUCUAUAAUAGGAAUAUAUACGAUAUUUCAAGUUGAUAAGUUAUCAUAUUGUAGCGUGUAAGAUAGUCCAGAUUGGGUGCCCAUUCCUUGUAUUAUCUGGUUUUGCAUGUUGCGAUAUAUUAAACGAACACAACGU